CCCGUCUAUGAUGUGACAGUGAAUCUGCAAACUUUCUCAGCACCCCCACUAGCAGAGAAGAAAGAGGAUGGCACCUAAGAGAAGGGCAACAUCAAGCACCAAAGCUGGAGGGAAGAAGAUAAAGGGGGAACCUGAAGCUCCACCAAAGGACAAGUUCACCUCUGCCAAAGAGGCCCUGAAGGCAAAAGGAGCCCAGGUGAAGGCCACGAGGAACCCUGACAGCUUCUGUCAUCUAUCAGAUGCUAAGGUUCAUGACGAUUACGACUGCAUGCUAAAUCAAACUAACAUUGGAAACAACAACAACAAAUUCUAUGUAGCCCAAGUCUUGGUGUCUGGAGGGAAGUACUAUUGCUGGACAAGAUGGGGCAGAGUGGGAGAGUCAGGCCAAAACAAUUUAGCUGGUCCAUCUACCGCUGAUGCAGCCGUUAAGUGUUUCGAAAAGAAAUUCAAAGAUAAGACCAAGAAUAACUGGAGCGAUCGAGAAAACUUUGUCUCGCAUUCUGGAAAGUACACAUUGAUAGAGGUAGAUGGGGACCAGGAUGCAGAAGUGAAGGUGGAUACUGUAGACGGUGGAGAUGUGAAGGUGAAAAGCGAACAACAAGUUCUGCCUUGUAAGCUGGAUGAAGCAACUCAAAGGCUCAUCCGAUUCAUAUUCGACAAUGACAUGUUCAAAGAAGCCAUGUCCAGCAUGAACCUGGAUAUUAAGAAGAUGCCUUUGGGGAAACUCAGCAAGCAGCAGAUAGCCAAAGGCUUUGAGGCUUUGGAGGAAAUUGAAGCCGCAAUAAAGAAGGGGGAACGCAACAUGUUAGAAGAACUCACCAACAAAUUCUUCACCAUUAUUCCUCAUAACUUUGGCCGCAACAGACCCCCUGUCAUCUCUGAUGAUGCUGUUCUUCAGGGCAAGAAGGAGAUGCUUUUGGUUCUUGCCGACAUCGAGGUUGCCCAGAGUCUUAAAGCUGAAUCUGAGAAAGCCACAGAAGAAAUGAAGGACGUGGUGCCUCAUCCCAUUGACCAAAAUUUCCAGUCUCUGAAAUGCAAGCUAAGUUUGCUGGAUAAGAAAUCGAAGGAAUAUAAGAUAAUUGAGAAGUACUUGAAUGCCACUGGACGCAAAGGACUCACUUUAGUGGACGUCUGGGAAGUUGAAAGAGAUACAGAGGCUGAGCGCUUCAGGGAAAAUGAUGCAUUGGAGAACAGGAAGCUGCUUUGGCAUGGAACAAACGUGGCCGUGGUUGCAGCCAUUCUGAAGAGUGGACUUCGUAUAAUGCCCCAUUCUGGUGGCCGUGUGGGCAGGGGAAUCUAUUUUGCCUCUGAAAGCAGCAUGUCUGCUGGCUAUGUGCAUCCAUCAAACAACAUCGGCAUCAUGUUUCUAAAUGAAGUUGCUUUGGGAAAAGAGUACACCAUCACGCAGGAUGAUUCCAGCUUAAGGAAGCCCCCUGCUGGCUAUGACAGCGUAAUUGCACGCGGACGCCAAGAACCAGAUCACUCAAAAAAUGUCUUCAUUGAGUUUGAUGGUAAAAAGGUAGCAGUUCCUCAGGGAAAAGCCAUAAAACAGCAGCAGUACGAAGGAAGUUACUUCUACAACAGUGAGUACCUCAUCUAUAAGGAAAGCCAGAGUCGCAUCCGGUACCUCCUGGAGUUGAACUUCAAUUAGCUGAUUUGAAAACAUGGAACUGUAUCUACAUAUCUGUUAUGUGGUUUCAUGCUCACAUACUGUAUAAAGCAUUGAAUGUUUGAGUUAAUUAGUCGGAAUGUCUAAGUAAUAUUUGAUAAUUACAUUGCAUCUUUAUCAUGUACUGUAAACUUUGGUUGGUACAGCCUUACGGUAUGUUUACUCAUUGUUAUUCAUAUUAGAAAUAUCGCUGCAGGUUUCUGUACUGUCAAAAAAAAAACAAGUUAGUAUGUUCACCUUUAAACAUUUGAAAAAUGUUGAAUAAAUGUGUUUUUUUUAUUUUAAAGACGAUAACGUUUUCUAAAAGGGCUAAAAUGAAGGGAAUAUAAAAUAUUGUGAUUGCUUUUUUCAAGCUUGUUUGGAAUUUUUCCCGUUAAAUUUAAUACUCUUAUUUUACAGAGUAUUUAAAAUAUAUUUCUAAUGUAUGACCAAAGCAUAAUUAAUUUUGUUAAGAGUGUAUUUUCUUUUCUAAAAUUGUCAUUUCUUUUAAGUUUAUGUUCAUGCAAGCUUCUCAUACAUGGCUUACAAGUCUAUAUGCUAAUACGGCCCUUUAUUUUUGUUUGGUCAGAUGUUUCUUUUAUCAAGCAUUUGUUUGAAGCUCUUUUAUAAUCAUAUUGCAAGGUAAUAGAUAUUAUUCCAUUGUUAUAUAUUUUUCUCUUUUAUGUUGUGCUGAGCUUUGAAGUGAAGUUAACGUUAAUGUAACUGCUUAGUACUGAAAAAAAAAAACCUGAAGAUAAUAAAUUAUUAUAAUUAUUUA